ACAAACUAACACCAGCUGUAAAGCAAGUAACACUGAAAUGACAAUUAUUCACGUUUAUUUCAACAAUUGUGCGAUAAUUUACAAAUAUUUGAAAGAUUUUGGUUAAAUGUGGGGGUAAAUAGUGUAGUGGUUUGUUUGUGUUUACGGUGGAGUCGAUCUAAUUUCAAACAUCUGGUGCAGCAAUCGAUAAGUUUUGGCGCCAAAUAUGAAUACGAAACUCUAUAUAGAUAUUGCACCGGAACAGUGGCCGAUUAUUUAUAGACCCGAAUAUAACGUCCGGUUUUUAGGGUUGGAAAAAUUGCACCCCUUUGAUGCCGGCAAGUGGGGCAAUAUUUACAAAUAUUUGAGUAGUUGUGGUUUAAUUAGCGACGAAACACUUUCGGUGCCAAAUGAAGCAACCAAUGAAGACUUAUUAACGGUUCACACUAAAAAGUAUUUGAAAAGUCUGAAAUGUAGUUUUAACGUAGCGUUGAUAGCGGAAGUGCUUCCGCUGUGUCUCGUGCCAAAUUGCUUGGUUCAAAGGGGAUAUUUGCGUCCGAUGCGGUUCCAGACUGGCGGUUCUGUUUUGGCGGGAAAGUUAGCUCUGGAACGUGGCUGGGCAAUAAAUAUUGGGGGUGGUUUUCACCAUUGUUGCGGUAGCAAAGGUGGUGGGUUUUGUGUGUAUGCUGAUAUAACACUAUUGAUCCAUUUCGUGUUUAAUCAUCACCCUCGAAGCGUUCAAAAUGUCAUGAUCGUGGAUUUAGACGCUCAUCAAGGUAAUGGAUAUCAACGGGAUUUUAAAGAUAAUCCCAACGUCUACAUCAUAGACGUGUACAACAAAGGGAUUUACCCAUUCGACAAACGCGCCAAGGAGUACAUCACCCGAAAAGUCGAACUGACACACUUUACAGAAGACGAAGAGUAUUUAAGCAAAGUUGCAAAAAACAUCACCGAGGCAUUAGCCGAGUUUUGCCCUCAAUUGAUGGUCUACAACGCCGGGACAGAUAUUCUCAAAGGGGAUGCGUUGGGGUGCUUAUCAGUCUCGCCCCAGGGAAUCAUCGAAAGGGAUGAAUUGGUAUUUCGGGAAGCUCGUUCUAGAAACAUCCCAAUAGUGAUGUUAACCAGCGGCGGCUAUUUGAAAAAAACGGCCAAAAUUAUUGCCACUUCAAUCAAAAACCUACACGAUUCGGGCCUAAUAACAGGCCCUCAACUGCGCUACUAAAAAUGAAUAAAACACAGUUUUAUUAUCUUGUUGAUUUAUUAAACUGGUCGUAGAAUUCCGA